UCCAGCCAAUGGAAAGGCAGCGCUGGCUGCGAGCCAAUGGGACAGCAGCGCGGGCCGGACGCUGGGAGCCGCGGGAGAGUCCAGUGUUCACGCCAUGUCUGGUUCCAGCAUGCGGGACAGCGCUAAAGACCCCGGGCCCCGGGGCCGCAGGAGGACGUGGGCCGAGCUGCUGGUGGGCAGGGUCAGGAGACAGAAGCCCGGUGCUGAGCGGGGACAGCAGAUCCGGGCGGCCGCGGUGCAGCUUCUAAGGCGCCACCUGAACCUGGGCCACCUUCUGCUGGAGGUGGGAGGCCCGCUGCCCGCGAAGCUGCGCCCCAGCGCCUGGCCUGACCUGCGGUCCGACCACGGCAACCUCGGAGCCCUGGUCGGCUCUGCUUUGCGGGACCAGGCCUUGAGGCUGGGGGUUCCAGUGGCAGUCCUGGCCAGCCAGACGGUGGCCUCCGGCAUUGUGCAGAUCUGCAAGGCGCACGUCGAGCCCUCUCUCGGGGUGCUGCUGGACCCGGAGCAGAGAAAGAAACUGUCUUCCUUGUUGGAGAUCACUGGGCAGUUAUCGGAGCACGACAUGUUCUCCCGGCUCUCCUUCUGUCAAGAACUGUGGAAAGCACAGGAUUCUCUGUUGCUGGAAGCUGUGUGGCGUCUGCACGUACAGAACGUUGUGAACCUACAAGAGCUGCUGGAAAGCCACGAGGACGCGCAGGCAGUGGCGGCAUGGCUCUUCGGGAACGUGCGCCGUCUGUGUGAGCAGACAGCAGAGUCCGGUCCACACUCAGACAUCGCCGGGGCCAUGCUCUCUGAUUUUAUGCAAAUGUUUGUUUUGAGGGGAUUUCAGAAAGACUCGGGUCCUGGAAGAAAUACGGAGGCUGAACGGAUGCCCCAGAUUGCUGCCGCUGUGCUGCAGGCGAUGCUGCUCCUGGCGCUGGAGGCCUUGGUGGACGGCGUGCAGGAGGAGUCCUUAGCACACAAGGCCGCGCAGUGCUGGUUCAGUGGGUUCAGUGGACACACGCUUCGCAGUAUAAUUUCGACAGAUUCUCCAAAGAGGUUUUUCAGACACACGCUGACUCAGAUCCUCACUCACCAGCCUGUGCUGAAAGUCUCCGAUGCCGUUCACAUGCAGAGGGAGUGGAGCUUCGCGAGGACCCACCCUCUGCUCACCGGCCUGUACCGCAGGCUCUUCGUGCUCCUGAGUCCGGAGGAGCUGGUGGGCCACUUGCAGACCGUUUUGGAGACACACGAGGUGAACUGGCGUCACGUGCUGUCCUGCGUGUCCACGAUGGUGGUCUGCUUCCCCGGAGCACAGCAGCUGGUGACUGACUGGGUGGCCCGUCUGCUGGCCCGUGCGUUUGAGAGCUUCGACCUGGACAGCAUGGUCACCGUGUUCCUGGUCGUGCGCCAGGCUGCGCUGGAGGGCCCCUCCGUGUUCCCGCCCUACGCAGACUGGUUCCAGGCCUCCUUCGGGAGUACGAGGGGCCACCACUGCAGCAGCAAGAAGGCGCUGGUCUUCCUCUUCAAGUUCCUGUCCGACCUCGUGCCCUUUGAGGCCCCCCGGUACCUGCAGGUGCACAUCCUCCACCCGCCCCUGGUCCCCAGCAAGUACCGCCCCCUCCUCACGGACUACGUGGCGCUGGCCAAGACACGGCUGGCCGACCUGAAGGUUUCUAUGGAAAACAUGGGGCUCUAUGCGGACUUGUCUUCAGUCGGGGACGUCAUAGAGCCCCACAGCCAGGCGGCCCAGGAUGUGGAGAAGGCCAUCCAGGUGUUUGAACACACAGGGAAAAUCCCCGUUGCCGUCAUGGAGGCCAGUGUAUUCCGGAGGUCCUACUACGUGUCUCACUUUCUGACCGCCCUGCUCACGCCGCGAGUGCUGCCGAGCACCCCCGACUCCCGAGAGGCCUUCGUGGAGUCUCUGAGGAGAGCAGACAGAAUACCCUCGUCCCUGUACUCCGCCUACCGCCAAGCCUGCUCCGCCGCUGCCAAGGAGAAGCCCGCAGGUGUGGCCCGGGGAAUGGAGACGGACCCCAGCUGUGCAGAGGACGCCCUGGCACUGCUCACAGCUGCACUCGGAGAGCUCAGGGCUGCCGUGGCUGACCCUGCCCAGCACGACGCUCUCUCCGCUCAGGUUGCAGUGGUUGCUGAAAGGCUGAGCUCGGCCCUGGGCCUCUGCGAGGACGACGGCAGCCCUGAGGUCUCAAAGAUCCAGCUCAGCAUCCUUGCUCCCAGACUGGAGCAGCGGGAACAGCAGGUUGUGGAUCUCCUGCUGGCGUCUUUCUGUCAGAGUGUAAUGGUGGCCUCCAGCUGUGCCCCACCGGACAGGCAGGGCUCCUGGGCUGCCCACUUCGUGACGGCCACCUGUGGACGCGCGCUCCUCCCCGCGGUGCUCUCCAGGCUCUGCCAGCUGCUCCGUCACCAGGGCCCGGGCCUGCGGGCCUCGCACGUGCUGGGGCUGGCCGCCCUGGCCGCCCACCUCGGCAAGCCCCGGUCUGCGCUCCCGGAGGUCCACGUGGGUCCCCCUGCCCCCUCCAGGGGCCUCUCCAUCCCCGAGUUCUUCGACAGCCUCCUGACGUGCGGGUCCAAGGAGUCCUUGCUCUUUUGCCUCAAAUUUUGUACAGCGGCGAUUUCUUACGCUCUGUGUAAGUUUUCUUCCGAGUCAUGUGAUGCUUGGUACAGCUGCCUGUCUCCGGGCCUUAUUAAAAAGUUCCAGUUUGUGGUGCUCAGAUUGUUCUCAGAAGCCCGAGGGCCUCUCUCUGUGGAGGACGCAGCCAGCCUUCCCUGGCGGCCCUUGUGCCUGCUCCCAGUCGACUGGCAGCGAGCCGCCCUCUGUCUGUGGAGACAUAAGGCCUUCCGGGACCUGUUGAAGGAGGAGGAGUUUCACUUGACUUACAGAGACUGGGUGCAGCUGGAGCUGGAAAUUCGGCCUGAAGUGGAUUCUCUUUCAGACACAGAAAGGUGGGACUUCCACCAGUGGGCCAUCCGGGAGCACUACCUGCCCAUGCCCUCCGCUGCAGGGGGCUGCGACGGGGACCUGCAGACGGCGUGCACCGUCCUCCUCAGUGGGAUGAUGGACUUCCAGAGUUCAAGGAGUUACGACCACUCAGAAAAUUCUGGUUUGGUUUUUGGCAGCUACACAGGAAAUCGGGAUAUUUUUUCAAGAUUGCAGGAGAUGGCUGCUGAUCUGGAACAGGGCCUGGCAGUGCCCCACGGCCACGCCGCCUCUCGCGGACACUUCCUCUUCCGGGUGUUCCGCAGCCGGCUCCGGGCUCUGGCUGGCGGGCAGGACCUGGCCUCCCGCCUUCAGAGACAGCAGGAGCUGCUCCUGUGUAAACGGGUCCUCCUCGGCCUCCCUGCAUCCAUCCUCAUGGGCAGCCCCCAGGUGGAGCCGCCGGCCGCCCCCGACUGUGCUGAGUUCUUCCAGUUGGUCAACUCUGAGCUGAGAAACUUCUCCCACGGAGGUGCCCUGACGCAUGACAUCACCGUCCACUUCUUCAGGGGGCUCCUUCACGCCUGCUCACGAAGCAGAGACCCCUCCCUGGCAGCAGACCUGACCCUGACCGCCUGCCACACUGAGUGCCCCUUGGUUCUGACCUCUGCCCUGCUGUGGUGGCCACGUCUGGAGCCCGAGCUUCGCUCUAAGUGGAGGUGCUUCCAGGACCCAUGGCCCCGAGAGCUGCAGAGGCUGCGUGAGGCCUGGGAGUUUGCCGGCAGCUUCCUGUCCCCUGAUGCAGAGUCCCCUGACACCAUGUUGCCCGCUGCAGGCCCAGCCUGGGUCUCUGCGGCUGCGCUGCACUUUGCGGUUCAACGAGCCGAGAAGGGGAGCCUGUGGCGCGGCCUGGAGAGGCUGUGCCGCCUGCAGGACGAGCUGCUGCUCGUCCUGCUCUUCCUGUCCUCGCUGGACCUGCUGUCGUCUCCUCUGACCCCCCGGGCUGCCAGCUCCCCGGCAGCUUUGGACGUUUGUGCCGAGGUCCUGGGGUGUCUGGAGAAGAGGAAGGUGUCCUGGCUGCCACUCUUUCAGUUGACAGACACUGCUGCCGGCCUGGGGCACAUCCUCCUCCGCCUGGCCGCGGACCAGCACGUCAGGCUGCUGCCCGUCGCCUUCUACAGCCUCCUCCCCUGCUGUGAGGAAGACGCCCUCAUUCAGGACGCCGCGUUCAUGCACGUUGCCGUGGACAUGUACCUGAAGCUGCUCCGCCUCUUUGCAGCUGGGGAGACGGGUGCGCUCUCGACCACGGCCAGGAGCCACGGACUCCAGGACCAGGGGGACCCUGUUAACCUGGUAACAAGAGCUCGGCGUUUUUUGCUGCGAUCAGUGCCUCGGUGUCCCACCCAGAGCUUCUCACACAUGGCAGAGCUGCUGGCCUCGCACGGAGGCUGCGACCCAGAACUGAGUGCCGCCCUCCUGAGCAGGCAGCAGGCCCCGGCUGACGCGGGCCUCUCCCCGGAGCCCCGCCUCUUCUGACUGGACCCCAGCACAUACCACACCUCUGUAAAUAAUUUAUUGCGAGCGUGACACGGAGCUCCCGCCACUCUGACAAGUGGAUGCAGCUCUCCUGAUCGCUUGGUGGGGAACAGGAACUGACUAUUUAAAACUUGCAUCUGGCCCCAAGUCAAUGUAGGAAAGUAAACUGCUGGUCCCAGAGUGGACACAAAGGCCACCCGGCCUCGCACCAAGCCCCCCACACCCCAGCACAGGGCUCUCGGGGCGAGCAGAGCGCUACCAUCAGGUCGCAUGGGAGGACUGUGGAAGGCGUCCUGUGACCCCGUCUACCACCUGGCGGGUUCAGGUGCACCUUCAGGUGGGCUCAGGCUUCACAGCCUGAGCCUCGGUGGCCCCGGGCGGCUCCAGGGGCGGGGCCCUGUCCUGGGUCUGGGUCAGGGGGUGCACCAUGGACAUGUGCACGUUGAGGUUGUGCGCCUUCUCGAACCGCCGGCCACACUGGUCACAGGCAAAGUCCAGCUCGGUCUCGGCUUUGUGUUUGGUCAUGUGGUACUUGAGGGAUGCCCGCUGCCGGCACUGGAACCCACAGACUUCACACCUGGGGACAAGAGGAGGUUACAGCAAGGACGUGGGUGCCGGCGUGGCCAUGAGGGGACGCCGGCCCGCACUUACUGCAGAGGCUUGGCUCCUGAGUGCCGCAUCUGGUGGACAAGGAGGUGCUUCCGCUGCUUGAAGGUCUGUCCACACUCAUCGCAGAUGUAGUUCCGCACCUCUGGGGGCGACAGGUGAGCACAGGUCCCAGAGAGCCCCCCACCCCCUUGGCCUUCCUACACUUGGUGCCACGGCAGGGGACCCUGCUGGCCUUCUUCACCAGAGAGACACUUCUGAUACCGUUACCACGGCGGGGGCUUCCUCUGAGGCCUCCGGAUGGUUGAAGCCUGUUUUCUUAAGUGUUCGAAGGUCCCUUAAUAAAUACUUGAGCACCUUGGAGAAUUCCUAUGCUGGACCCGACGUGCACAAGAACACGCACUGCAAAAACCGCAGGGAAGGAGCAUCCCUGGGGAGCCAGCCACAGAGCAGACAACUCUCAGUCAAGUAACUCACUCACACGAGGCUUCUGUGUAAGAAAGAUUAUCUGUCUUGUGAGGAGGAGGCUGAUUCAGGGACUGCCUUCUGGACAGGGGCAGCCAUGAGGCAAUCGUGUGGGCCACACCAGUAAGGGGGGAAACCAUGACACUGGUGUCCCGUGAGCCCGGUUGGAACACAGCGGAGAAGUGGCCCUCGCAGGCUGACAGGGUCUCGGGGGCACUCGCUCCUCCCUGCACUUUUUCUCCCUCACCGUUUCCACAGUGUGUGGCUUCCUCUUACAACUCCCAAAUCAUGUCGUUUAAAUUUUUUUAAAAACCCAUCACAAUAAACAGAAAGGCCUUGG